CACUCACACAGUAAUACAGCUCAAGCUACGGCGUCUCGGUUUGGACAAAAAGUGUCGUUUCCAGUCCAUCAAUGACGAUGGGUGACACAAUUUUUGAAGAAUUAGAAGAUUUGAUGCAUUUUUCUGUCGCCGAUUUGCCCGCUCGUGGAUAUGCAGUGAUGGAGGAGAUCCGACGACAAGGGAAAUUGUGUGAUGUUACCCUAAAAGUAGGAGAGCACAAAUUCAGUGCUCACAGAAUAGUCCUUGCUGCUUCUAUUCCGUACUUCCAUGCCAUGUUCACCAAUGACAUGGUGGAAUGCAAACAGGAUGAGAUCGUCAUGCAGGGCAUGGACCCCAGUGCACUUGAAGCUCUAAUAAACUUUGCCUACAACGGACACAUAGCCAUAGACCAGCAAAACGUCCAGGCCCUCCUGAUAGGGGCCAGUUUCCUGCAGCUUCAAAAUGUCAAAGAUGCCUGCUGCUCUUUUUUACAACAGAGGUAUGAGACGGAAGAUGACUGGGAACAUGAAAAGAGCCCUGAUGGUGUUACUGCUCAUCUCUGUGCUGAACUUCUCAACUGCUUUUCCUAUGGAGCCACUUCAGAAGACACCUCUACUGAUCCAACCAUCAGAUCCACGGCCGUCAGAAAGUGUAACACUAGGAAGCUCACAGGAUGUGAGGGUCAGCAGUCUUGGAUUCCAUGGACGAUAGUUACAGAAAUGAGCGCAAGCCGCAGUGCUGCUGGCGUUACUGUAUUUGAAGGCAGAAUAUAUGUUUCGGGUGGUCAUGAUGGACUACAGAUCUUUAACACCGUGGAGUACUACAACCAUCAUACAGCGUUAUGGCACCCUGUCGCCCCCAUGAAAAACAAGCGCUGUCGGCACGGCGCUGCAGCCUUUGGCAGCAAUCUGUAUGUGGCAGGAGGUUACGACGGCUCUGCGUUUCUCAGUGGAGCAGAGGUGUAUAGCUCAGUAGCAGAUCAGUGGAGCCACCUAGUGGCCAUGAACACUCGACGCAGCCGCAUUUCUCUGGUGGCCAAUUGUGGUCAACUCUAUGCAGUGGGAGGUUAUGAUGGACAAUCCAAUCUCAGCUCUAUGGAAAUGUAUGACCCAGAAACUAACCGUUGGACGUUUAUGGCACCAAUGGUUUGCCAUGAAGGCGGGGUCGGGGUGGGCUGUAUACCAUUACAACCCGCUUAACACCACAGUCUCCCUCAGCCCAUAAGGACAUUUUAAUUAUA